GUAUUCGUCUGCACUACUAACUCUCGUCAGUGUUCAACUUCUGCUGUGCCUUCUUCUCUCUCUACAGAGCUUUCUCUCUCUAGAACUGCAAUGGCUUCUGCCGACAAGAAGGUCAACAAAAUCACCCAAAUCGUGCGCCUCAAACAGGUCAUGCAACGGUGGAAGAACAUGAGCCUCAAGCGCCGGUCCGUCCUCUCCUACUCCGACCCUGACACGUCGUCCGAAUCAGGCGCGAACCGGCGAACACCAUCCGGUUCGCUCGCCGUCUACGUCGGCGCAGAACGACGCCGUUUUGUGAUCCCGACCCGGUUCCUGAACCUCCCUGUAUUCGUUUCUCUUCUCAACAAGGCCGAAGAAGAGUUUGGGUUUCAGAGCAAUGGUGGGCUCGUGUUGCCAUCUGAAGUGGGGUUUUUCAGAGAAAUGUUGAAGCUUCUAGAGAGAGACGAGCAGAGGUUUGGUGGGUUAGGGUUGGAUGAGUUCUUGAAGGUGUUAUCUGAUGUGGGUCUUGAUUCUUGCAAGGAUACUACAAAUUCUUGCCAUGUUUUGAAACCCCUCUUGCAAAACAACUAGGCUCUGACAAAAAAAAAAUGGUUACUUUUAGGGUUAGGGUUUUGUAUAUGGUAGUAAGGCCAAUGCGCUACUCCUUUUUUUUUUUUUUUUUU